AUGGCCAGCCUACGAAAAUCACACCCCCUUUUAAAAAUCGCAAAUGAUGCAUUAGUCGAUUUACCAGCCCCCUCUAAUAUCUCUGUCUGAUGAAACUUUGGGUCCCUCUUAGGACUAUGUUUAAUCACCCAGAUUUUAACCGGCCUAUUCUUAGCCAUACACUACACCUCAGACAUCGCAACUGCCUUCACUUCCGUGGCCCACAUCUGCCGGGACGUAAACUACGGUUGAUUAAUCCGAAACAUCCACGCUAACGGCGCAUCAUUCUUCUUUAUCUGCAUUUACCUCCACAUCGGCCGAGGUCUAUACUACGGCUCUUUUCUGUAUAAAGAAACAUGAAAUGUUGGCGUCAUCCUGCUGCUUCUCGUAAUGAUGACCGCCUUUGUUGGUUACGUCCUUCCCUGAGGACAAAUAUCAUUCUGGGGUGCCACUGUCAUCACCAACCUACUCUCAGCCGUACCUUAUGUCGGUAACACCCUAGUACAAUGGAUCUGAGGCGGAUUUUCUGUAGAUAAUGCCACACUCACCCGGUUCUUUGCAUUCCACUUCCUAUUCCCAUUUGUCAUCGCAGCCGCAACCGUAAUCCACCUUAUUUUCCUACACGAAACUGGCUCCAACAACCCCACUGGAUUGAAUUCAGACUCAGACAAAGUCCCCUUCCACCCAUACUUCUCAUAUAAAGACCUCCUGGGAUUUGCAGCCCUCCUCAUUGCCCUAGCUGCCCUCGCUUUAUUCUCCCCAAACCUUCUGGGCGACCCAGAUAAUUUCACCCCCGCAAACCCACUUGUUACACCGCCCCAUAUCAAGCCCGAGUGAUAUUUCCUCUUUGCAUACGCCAUUCUCCGAUCUAUUCCAAAUAAACUUGGCGGAGUACUCGCCCUGUUGUUCUCUAUUUUAAUCCUCAUGCUUGUCCCCAUCCUCCACACAUCAAAACAACGAAGUCUAAUAUUCCGACCCUUUUCGCAAUUCCUAUUUUGAUCCCUCGUAGCAGACGUAAUAAUUCUCACAUGAAUCGGGGGAAUGCCCGUAGAACACCCUUUUGUUAUUAUUGGACAAGUUGCUUCAUUCCUCUACUUCUUCCUUUUCUUAGUCAUAAUUCCAGUAACAGGCUGACUAGAAAAUAAGAUUCUCGGAUGACAGU